AGUUUAUAAUAAAGUGGCGAACAUGUGUGGUUGAGUACAUAUAUCUUUCAGAAUCAUGCAUUUGAAAUCCAAAAUAAAUCAUGAUUCUCAACAAAUGCGUCUUCUCUUUGCGCAGUGUUCGUUUAAUCCGAAUCUAGCCGAAGAUACCCGAGCGCACCGUGAUUUGCAAGGACAGUAUCGUAUUGGAUACACGGUCACAAAUGUUUCCAAGUUUUUAUGUGGUUUGACAUAAAACUAUAUUCCUCAAUAGUUUUGUGUAUAACAUCAAACAAAUCUUUUAAUGAUCGCGUAAAAUAUGUAAUUGGCAAAUUCAGUGUGAAUCCUGCAUUCGGAUAGUUGUGUGGUAUUGAUAUUACUCAAAAGAACUUAUGGUAUUUUGUGACAGUACACGAUAGAUACGGUAGUGCGAUACCGACGAAUCAUGUUUCCCUAGGAAAUAUCCCUAGGAAUCGAAAGAUCACUCUGUGCAAGUGGUAAUAUCGGUUGUAUUUACCCCCACCUCUACGUUCGUUGCUCUGUGUGCCGUUUGGCGUAUUCCACUGUCGGAGUUGUGAAGCAACGAAGCGGUUUCGUCAAAUGUGUCGCAUUAUGUGUGCGUUUCGUGCUGUUUCUGAAUGAGUUUAUCAUCGAUUAAGUGUCUAAGGACGACACAGUGCGUUCCAUUUGAUAAUAUCGCUGCGGGUAGUGUGAGUAUGUCGAACGGUGAACGAUGACACGCCCGUGAAAAAAACGAUAACAACGGCGGUGUAUCCUUUGAUUGACCAGAAAGGCCCAGAGGCAACUCAGUACGCGAAGGACCAUCUUUGUAUAUUUCUGUGUGAUUACAUUAAACAAAACAUGCUUCAACCGAGAACCGCGUGCAUCAGACGGUAAAGAAGAAAAUAAGGGAAUGGCUAGUUUGAUGGUAACCGCUUCAAGUAAGAAUAGUUCACGCAGUACAUCACCCAACAGAGGAAAUACAUCGACAUCACAACAACAAUCAGCUAGCUUGGAUCAUACUCCAAAAGCACGUAAUGUUUCACUUUCCCAAACAGGGGAGGGUAGUACAGGCAGUGGAAGUAGCGGUGGAGGCAGCUUCAGUAUGAAAGGUAGUAGGCAAAAAUCACCAGGAACUGUGAUUCGAGUAGGAGAUGCUAUGGAUGAUCCAAAUACCAAUCAAAUCACUGCCGAACAAGAUGAGUUUGUGCCAAAUAUUCAUCCACCCACUGAUGAUGAGGGAGAACAGUAUCACGCAACACAAUCGUUCCUAUCGAAUGGCUCCUCCGAGCUAAUAACAGACGAUGUUGACUCUAACUCUGCUCGUGUUUGUCAAGCUAUUGAGCAUAUUCAAAAUAAAAUUGCUAAAACACGAGAGCUUAUAAGAAUAGAACAAACCACCCGUGAUGAAAAUGUUAAUGAGUAUUUAAAAUUAGCUGCUAAUGCAGACAAGCAACAACUAAAUAGAAUCAAGGCAGUAUUUGAGAAAAAGAAUCAAAAAUCAGCGCACAGUAUUUCUCAACUCCAAAAAAAAUUGGAUAGUUACACAAAGAAAUUGAAAAAUUACGAGUUAAAUGGAGCACCUGCGAGUCAUAGGCAACCUAGAGAAGUGCUUCGUGAUAUGGGACAAGGACUCAAAAAUGUAGGCGGCAAUAUUAGGGAUGGAAUUACUGGUUUUUCAGGAAGUGUUAUGUCAAAACCAAGAGAAUUUGCACAUUUGAUAAAAAAUAAGUUCGGUAGUGCCGAUAAUAUAAACACCUUAUCACUUGAAAGUAAUGGCUCGACUUUUUAUGUAAACGAUACACCGCGUGCAGGUAAUGGAGAUAACGCUAGUGUUGAAGAUGAAAAAGCACACCACGGAUCAGCAACGCUUCCCGGUGGAUGUAGUUUGGGCUCGACACACAGUGCCGCGGCAAUUAAAUUUCCGUCUGAAGAAGGUUCAGAAUGUUCUAGCGUCACGAGUGAAAGUGGGCCCGGUAGUAGAGGUCAAGCACACACGUGCCCUAGUAAUAAUAAUUCUGCACUUAGUCUUAAGUCCAUUUUCACCGAGUUACAAGAACACAGAGAAAACUUGGAUAGGAUGAAAGAAAAAUUAGAGGGUCUUAAGACUCUACAACAAGAGGUGACAUAUCUUUCCCAUGCUUUGCAAGAGGAACGAUUUCGAUGCGAACGUUUGGAGGAACAAAUCAAUGACCUGACUGAACUCCAUCAAAACGAGGUAGAAAAUUUGAAACAGACGAUAACAGACAUGGAGGAAAAAGUGCAAUAUCAAAGCGAAGAUCGUUUAAGAGACAUACACGAAAUGCUGGAAUGUUGUCAGACUAAAAUUUGUAAAAUGGAACACCAACAACUACAGCACCAGCAAUAUGUGACGUUAGAGGGUCUGGAUAACAGUAACGCGAGAGCGUUGGUUGUUAAACUCAUAAAUGUAGUAUUAACAGUGUUGCAAGUUAUUCUACUUCUUGUUGCAACAGGUGCUGGUAUAAUGAUGCCUUUCCUUAGGACCAGCUGUACUAAGCCUCAUUGUUUCAUGUGCAGGGUGCGCAUAUUAACAACUACGUUUGUUGUAUUGGGAAUAGUGUUCGUUCUCAAACAAUGGCCUGAGGUUCACGAUGUUGGCAGUCACCUUAUGCGCCAUCUUAAACAAAUCCUCGCCGUUAAGUAGCAUCGGUGGAAUACUUAAAUUUAUUAUACCCUGUGAUGAAGAACAAUUGUACACAAUGAUCAACAUUUUGGACCCAUUUAUAUCAGUGCUGUAGUUUUGGAGCAAUAAUAGUAGGUAUAUGCGCAAAUGAUUUUAUUUAUAUUUGAAAUUUGAUCAUGUUCACCAUUAUUCGAUUAAACGAGGCGAGUGAUUAAAUCAAUUUGAUACUGUUAACAGAAUUAUUACAUAUAAAACAUAUUUUGCUGUGCAAAAAUGUUUCACUUAGGAAGAAAAGGGUAAUUUUUCCUCGAGACGAUAGAUGAAAGUGUCUCUUAUCCCUAAUGCAAUUAUUACGAAUUUAUUGAUAUCCUCUUCAUUUUUACCUGAACAAUUUUUAUUCUUUUUUUUUUAAGGAAAACUAUAGUCCAUGUAUUUGCACGGUUAGUUGAGUGCUCUUAAUGUAAAGAUGAUUCUGCUUUGUAAUGAAAUUAAAACAUCUAUCAACCAUAAAGAGAGUAGUAAUUAUAACGCUGUACGCUGAUAUUGCUUGAUUACAUACGGCACAUUGUUAGAAGAAUUUACUCCGGUGUCAUAUAAUUACGUUCACUUUUACAUAAAUCAUUGAUUCAAAGGUAGAAGAGAAAUGUUCUAUCGUCAAGUGUCUGUGGGAGGUGUUAAAAUAUUUUUCUUUUACUCCAGGAAUAUAGUUGGUAUACUUGAUACCGCAGAACUAAACCAAGUAUUUGUAAUUAAAGUCGUCCAAUUGCUAAACAAUAAUGUAAAUUAAGAAGAAUAAAAGUACACUUAAAAUAAUUGUAGGAACUUUUCACAUUCAGAAUGUAUAAAGUAGUAUGAUGUACUCUUUUAGUAUUCGAUGAUAGGAUGAUUUGAUCAUUUUUAGAAAUUGCAACGUUUCUAAUAACCUUUAUGUAUAAUUCAUAAGUUAAUUCUACAUUCAUGGGAACUUGAAAUGUGUGUAUAUACCAUAACAUCAAAUAUCAAAAGAGGACCAACAUGCUGUCUUUUCCUCUUACUCUAUAACAGUAAUUUAUUUCAUAUGCAAUGUAGAAUAACACUUGUUUCAGAAUAAACGAUAUUUAGCUAUUUAUGCUCUUCAGUCUCAUGAGUGUUUAAAAACCACCACAGACACAAGAAUUACAUACAUAUACUGUAUCGAACAUAAAAGAAAUGAACCAUGACAGAUAUUGAAAUGAGAGAAAGACUGAUGGACUACAUCGCUGUUAUAAUUGUGAAUAAUUUAAUAUUUGUGGCGAUUUUAUGUUGCUAAUCAUUGAGGAAUGUUAAGUCGAUAGAAUGAUAAUGAAAAAAAAAAAAUGAAUAUAAGAAUAAUAAUGAUGUAACAU